CAAACACACACACACACAGCCAUUGCUAAACGCCACGUCCCGCACAGUCAAACGAACAGCCGUGACCCGCUGUUCGCACGCCCGCAGUCUCGCACGCUCGCUAUGUGUAUAAACCCGUGUGUGUAGUGCUCUCUCCUCUGUUGUGUUAGGGGGACGUGUAUGUCGUGAACACCUUUGGAUAUUGCUCCGUGUCGUAGACAGCGGGUCACCGAUGCCACCUUGAGGCCCCCCCCCUUCACCUGGCACCAUGCAGCACCGUCAGACGUUGCCGGAGGAAGCCGAGAAGGACGCGGCGCAUGAGUUUGAGAUUCGCUUCUCAUUCCACCAUGACCUCCCUUCUCCGCUCUCCAGGGGCGUCUCCGCCUUCGUCUACAGUCCCUGGGCGUCAGUUGUGAAAAAGAAGAAGCGCCACGCCCCGCCUCCACCGCCGCCCGCGUCACGGUUGUGCGAAGACGUACAGAGCAGUGCCUUCCACAUGUACAACGCGUACGAAGUCAUUUCCAUCCAGACGCACAAGGAGAUCACCAUAAUUUCGAACGCGCCUCGGCUCCUUACCACCUUUUCCAGUAAUUCGAGCUUAGAGGCAAUGAAGGAGCCCAAGGAGUUCCCUCAGGCAGGCAAGAACAAGACGAUACCGCAGCAUGUCAGCGCCUCAACCACGAAUGUCCAUGAUUCAAAGGGCCGCUCCCCUCGAGGUGCCUCCAAGAAAGAUAACUUGAAACAGAGAAAGAAUAAUAGUCACGUGAGCAUCGUGAAGCGCAACAUGGAAGCCGGGAAGAAAGGCGCCUCCAGAGCCAGGAAGGAAGCGAAGGAGGAGCGAGGAAAGAUCACGAAAGAACCCACCUAUGAAGAGAUCGAAGACUACCUGGACGAUGAAGAGAUCGAAGACUACCGACAGCAAGAACGUCAUAGAACUGGCGGCGCUGCUAGGGAGGAGGCUCGACCAAGCCCUGCAGAAGCCGACGGUCAGCGAGAGUUGCGCUUCCUCGACCAGAAAUAAAGGCAUGUCCUCGGCUUCUAACAAGCAGCUGCCAGCAAAACCACGUCCGAAGAAGGGCGAGGCGGAGGCUGUUAAGGGCACUAGCAAGGUUCGUGGUGCAGUCGGUGCUAAGGAGAAUGUUAGAGAUUGUGACUGCG